CCACCAACCGUGAAGAGAGAAGACGAGACGGCGAGAGUUUAGAAGAGCGGAAGACGAGACCGGCGUCUUCACCUCCUCCCCCCCGAACUCUUCUUUUCUCCGCCUACGCAAAAGGGAGUAUAUAUCGCAACGUAGCAUACGAGGAUGGAGGGGGUGGGGGCCCGGCUGGGGCGGUCGUCGACCCGGUACGGGCCGGCGACGGUCUUCAGCGGACCGGUGAGGAAGUGGAAGAAGAGGUGGGUCCCCCUCGCCCACCCCAGUAGCAGCGCCUCCUCCGCCGCCAGCGCCAACGGUGUCCGCUCCCACCUCCUCCUCUACAAGUGGGCCCCUGUCUCCUCGCCCGCCAACGGCGCCCCCCAUCCCGAGGAGCCGCCGCCCCGGAAGUUCCGAUUCGUCCCGAUUUCUGUAAUUGAAGAGCAAAAACAAGAGGCUGCUGAAAAGCUAGAUGAUAAGAAUAAACCUAAUGAAGCUGAUCCUUCCUCACAGCCAACCCAGAAUGAUUCUUCUGAAAAAAAACCUGACAUGAAUGAUGUUGCAAUGGAAGAAGCUCAGGCUUCAGACAAGGAUGAUGAUAUCAACCAAACUAAUUUGGACUUGAAUCUGGGUUUGAAAGCUACUGAUGGUGAUCUGGAAACCAAAUCCAGACACACCAAGCAGGAUGAAGGUGAUCAGCUGGUGAAAGCAAGCACACGCGAGGGAGCUGCGAUGAAGACCACAACAAAUUCUGAAACCCACAAGAAGUUGAAGAGGAAGGCCGUUACCCCUGACCUUGAAAUGAAAGUAUGACACAUUGUAUUUGGUUUCGACUCAUCCUUUUGUGAUGCUGUCCUCUCUACAUGGCACAAUAGUAUCUGUGUUGCAUUUGUCAAUUUUUGCUGCUUUGUGUUGUGACCUUCUUCUGUUGGUUAAUGAGGUCGGUGAAAUAUAUUGAACAAUGAACUCUCUUUGAUGUAUCCAGCAACAUAUAAUAUACAUG